AUGUCUCGCCACCGAAAUCACUUCGACGUCGACUCGAGCGACGAUGACCUCGGAAUCGACAUCGAGCAGGAGAGCGAAUCCGAGAUCACUCUCCCUGCUGUGCAUACCCCGCCACCACCGCCGAAGGGGCUGAUCAUAUCCAAGCUAGGUGUUCAGGCCACGACGGGCGAUGGCGUUGCGACAGGGCUUCUCUGCCUGAAGGUAUGUCUGACGGGUGGAGGGUCAUCUAAGGCCCGAUCACAUCCAUCUCCAUCAUCUGCAAUCGUGCUGCGGCUUACUCCAGAUCACUCUUCCUCGCGAUUGCGAUCGACCAGACCGAUGGGGCUUGUUCAGUGGGGACGCGCCGCUAGCGUACUAACAUCAGCGCCCCGUCCGAAGCUCCGAUCCAUUCCCGCCCUCUACCCCCUGCCGAUCAGCCCAGCCCUUCUCGAGAACAAGAGCAGCAAUCUGAGGGUUGCGACUCAGCUCCUUGGUCUGUCUCCGACGCUCAGCGAUGCCGGCAGCUCUAUCCCAUCGAAGCCUUACAUCGACGUGUCCGCUACGACUGGUCAGGUCUUUGUGGCCCUCGACCCAGCAACGAGCAGCGGAACGCCACGGAGACGAUCGAGCAUCGGAUCGCGGAUGGGCGGACGCACAGAAUGGCUGGUCGUGGUCGAGUUUGAGAUCCCGAUCGAGAAGGGAGUGGAGAACUUGUUCCGAACCCAGAUUCCCGUGCCGCGGUGUCUCGACAGCGUCAUUCGUUUCCACGUCUUACCAAGUGAGGAUGACAACAUGGAGGUCAACAUCGCAAUUGAGCCCAAGGUUCUGCCGUUCUCAACACCGAUAGGAAAGAAUCGGUCGCCGCCUUCCCCGUCAAAGAAGGGUCGAAGCGAUCACUCCAUGUGGGACGACAGCAACGGAAUAAGCGACGAUGACAGCGAUGACGGGUUCGGAAGCUGGCUCGAGGGUCGAUUCCAGAGGUGCGCUAAUUAUGCUGCAAUCAGAGCUGACCGCAGUACCGACUCACUGUUCAUCGAAUGGGCUCUCGUUCCAUCUGUCGGCUCUCCGCCGGAUCUGCGGGUGACUCCCGCGUGGCGUCAAGGUCAGCCGACGAUCAGCUUGUCCUUCGAAGCGACGCUGCCGCCCGGCCCGAGCUCAUUGGGUCUUGGUGUGGUCCUGCCACAAGCCUGGGGAUGGCAAGAGCUGGAGAUUCGGGGCGAUGGUUUGCUCGGGUGGCGCUCGUCUGGCGAGAGCUCGGGCGUGCUUGCUUCUGCAGUUUCGCCGAACGGACAUGUCGAUCCCGAUUCUACCGCAACAAUGGACGACUUGCAUGGCCUGAACGGGCUCAGCACUCCACCUCCAGACCAUCAGGUGGCGUUAGCCGAUCUCGAACCCGACGACUUCAGCUUUGAGCUUAACUCGAUUCGAACCGACGCACGGCCUCGCCCGGUUACACCCAGCUUGCGUCGAAGCAUCACUGCCGAACUCGCCCAAGCCUCCAUGUUCAAGGUCAAGCCCCGCGCGCCCGUGCACGCUUCGUCAUUCGAGCUCGAGUUUGAAGACGACGGCGAGGAGGAAGACCGCGUCAUCAUACUUAGGGGGGUUCUCGCGCCUCUGCCUUUGACGCUGGUUCCUCCCGAGAGCAACAUGGAAGUCCCCUUCGUGCGCUUCCUCGAUCCUUCCUUACCCACACGCGCGGCCGUUAUCUGUGACAAUGCGACCUUCCACACUUCCGAAGAGGCUACGGGGCAGGAGGGAAGGCGUCUUUGCGACAUCUGGAAGCCGAGCAUCGGAACGUUCUCGUGGGGUGACGAAGCAUUAUCGAACCAGGAUGCAGCUGUUGUGAGCGGGCCAGUCAAGGUCGUCGCUCAGAGGGACAUCUGGGGCGUUCAGACUGUCGCGCUUGCGUUCCAAUGGCCCAUCGAUGCUCACGGAAUCAAGUUCGACGUUCCUACUAAGACCGCCAGGAUUGUGCGUGCAACUGCGCUCGGUCGGCAGAUUGCCAGGUCCAUCACCGAGAAGGACGGUUCGGUCCAAAUUAGGCUUGCAGGUGGCCGAGGUGUAGUUGAAGUUGUCCUAGAGGUGGCCAGUGCUGAAGGGAUCCUGAAUGCCGAGCCCAAGACGAAUCUCAGACGGAUCGAUGCCAUGACCUUUACCGGAAGCUUGAGCCCUGCUCCGACCAUCUCAUUCACUGCCCCUACUGUCGCGGAGAAGGUCUCGGAGACCAAGCUCAUCGAGAGAGUCGUGGUGGAGCGACCGCCUAAGAGCCGCUGGCGCCGUAUCGUCUCUUUCACGACCCUGUUCAACCUCCUCCUGGUUUACGUUCUCGUGUCCCUCGCGCAGGAAGUCCAGAAGCUCCGUAGUGAGGUCCAGUUCAUCGCGGAUGAGCAGCGAGAUUUGAGGGUAUACGGUUUCGAGCGUGCCAACUCCCGGGGAUGGGUUGAGCGCGAAACGACAGAGCGCUGGGAUGAAAGUGCUGUGCGUCCUGGUCAGCAGCCCAACGGGGAGGAGGUGCCUCGAAACGAGGAAGACCCAAGAGACCGGGGCCAAGCCGAUCAAGGAACAACGGCAGAAUCGUCGCCUGACCCGACGCGCGUCAAUUCGGAAGCCACCCAACAAAAUCAAUCAGCUGGCACCCAUUCAGUUGUUUCAGCGACCAACCCCAACUACGGUUUAGGACGGGUUGUGGUGAAGCGCACGAGUUGGAAGGACUGGAUCAACCACCCGACGGUCCAGAAGGUCGCGACAACGCUGUCGCGGUUGUGGCACACGCUAUCUUGGUUGUUGCUUUAG